UUUCUAUCUGUAAAGUAAUAACUAAUAAACAAGGUUCUAAUAAUGCAGUUAAAAUAUAAUUUAUUAUUAUGUAAUUUCCCUUCAUUUGUUAAGUAUCUUAAGCCCGCAAUUAUGACAUACAAUACGUGCCAAAUGGUUUUCGCUUAAUCGUAGCUCUGCUGUACUUCAUAAGGUAAAUAAACAUGGCUCAAGCAAGGGAUUCUUAAUUAUCAAGUUCAAGCUAGUUUAAUUCAAUUUGGUAGCCAUGCGCACCAGUUACAAGAAAAACAGACCUUUCGACUUCAAGCUAAUUGAUCUGGUGGAACCCAAUCCUGUGCUCUAUAAGAGAUCUGGACUCUCGAACUACGAUGCCAUGAAGGCGAAAACCGAUAUCUGGGCUCGCAUAGCCGAGAUGAUGGGCUGUGAUGUGGACUUCUGCCUGAUGCGCUGGAACAAUCUGCACUAUCAGUUUCGCAAGGAGUUUCGCCGCGCGGACACCAGUGGAUCCACCUGGCCGUACCUGGAACGCCUGCGAUUUUUGGCCGAGAUCCAGCCGCCCUCCAAAGUGAAAACCAAACCCAAAACAAACAAACAGGAGGCGACCAUCCAGACGGAAACUCCUGUGCAAUUUUUGUGGGACACUUUUGAGGAUGGGGAUGUUCCACAGCAGUCGAGUACGUUCAUAAUCGAGGAGGUCAUCGAGGAGCCCAGUGAACAGAUCAUCCAAGAGGAAAUCAUCUACGAGGAACAAGAGCCCGCUGAAAUAAUCUCGCCCAGAAGCAGCUUUCUCCAGAUGGACCAAAUACUGGCCCAACUAAAGGAACCGCAGCGGAGAAGGGCAGAACGAAGGAUUACAGCAUUUCUGCUCAAGUGCCAGCUGCGUGCCUUGAGUAAUCAGUCCGUGGAGGACCUUAGCAUCUAGUUUCCAGUUCACAUACUCUCAAACUUUAUUUUUAAAAAACAGAAUAUAACUAAGAUUAAACCUUGCACUUGUCCAAUUCCAACCAUGCCACUUUCGGCUUGACAAUGAACUGAUCGCGCGGCAAACUGUCCAGCAUGCUGGCCUGCUGGCGGACGUACUUCACCAGUCGCUCGAUCUGCGCGUAAUCAUCACAGUUCAUCUCGAAGAAGCGGCGCCACAAGGCGCAGGCCAAAACCCGAUCGUCGGACAUGAUGCCCUCGUCGUAGGCGAUUAGGGCCGCUUGGAACUGCUCGGAUAAGGUCUCGAUUUGCUGACGGGUGCGUGAAGGAUUGUGAGCCUGUUGGGAAACACAUAUGAAGAGCAUAAAGAUUAUAUAUAUAAAGGUGAACUAAAGUAAAACCUACUCCCAAUUUCUUGGCGCGUGUGUUAACAUCUCCCCACAUCGCCUCCACAAUGCAGUUGCGCAGGAAGCGUCCAUCCUCGCCCGUUUCGG